UCUAUGUUAAGCUGCUGUUUGUUCCCCAAAAAGGAGUACCAACCAGUGGAUGGCCACUGCCUGACUGACUGAUUGAUUGAUUGAUUGACAGAUGUUAAGGAGCUGAUUGACAGAUGAAGCUGAAUGUGUGUACAGUGUUUCUGCUGCUGAUCUUCUCUUGGCUGACGGUCGACUGCAGUCUGCCAGAUUUCACUCCUGCAGCGCCGCGACUGCAGGUAAGACAGGAAAAAGCUCCAGUUGAUUCUGUGUCAAUUGUCCGACCUCUAAAGAAGAAUAGCUACACACGGCUUCCUGGAAUCUGUCGACGCUUGAAAAGAAGAAGAGUCACAAUCCUGUGUAACCUGGAGAAGUUCUGUUGGGGGAGGAAGUGGUGGAAGAGCCAGAAGACUUCCCCUGGGCAGGUGUGCCGGUGCCCUCGAGGUUCCCGGUGUUCUCGCUUCUUUCUCCACAGUCUCUGAAUUAAGUAGCCGUUCCAGCCUGUGGAAUGAUUAAAUGGAAGAAUGAAUGGAUGGAUUAUAUAUUGACAACUUGUCUUUCUAAAUGUUAAUAAAAACUGUUUCAAUAAAUUCAAUAAAGGU